AUGCAAAGAUUAGACGCCUCCGACGUCGUCGGUUUGUGCAACGACGAACUCUAUCGCCGCUAUUGCGCGUUUCCUGGCGUGUAUUCCGCGCCGCACGAUUUAGAUGAUUUAGAUUUGCACCCCCCCGGGGAAGAGGAGGAGUCCGCUGAUCCAGAAAAAGUGGCAAAGCGACUCGCGGAGCGCGAGGAAGGGACGGCGUUGUAUCACGCGUGCGAGGCGCAGUAUUUUCACUCGCAACUGCCGCUGACGGAGAACGCGGACAGCAGUGUGAGUUCUUCUUCGUUGUGGUCGAAAAGUAAGCAACAUGAAAAUCGGAGGAAGAAAAAAACGUACGUUUCGAAGGAGUUUGCACAGAUUGGCAGCACGGAAGCGUGUUCUUCGCUGAGAGCGAUGAAGAAAAAAUUGAACGAGUGUCACAAAGACGAGGAAGGAUUUUUUUACAUCGUGCAGUUAAGAACGGAACGGCUCAAUGGAGACGUGGAGAUUGUUUUGGACGAGUAUAGGAAUAAAGUUGAGAACGAGAGCACGAGCGAGGAAGAAGACCGGGGCGAACAUCAGGAGAACGUCGACGAGAAGGUGAAUGAAAGUAAUGAUAAUACUAAUACUAAUACUAAUACUAAUACGAAAGAAGGAGAUGAUACAGAAGAAGAAAAAGAAGAAGAAGAAGACGACGACGACGACGACGAUGACGACGAUGAGAACGAUGGAAAUAUUAACGAAGAGUUUGUGCGCAUAAACGGAACGAUAAAUGUUGAAGCGAUUACAAAGAUUUGGAUCGUUCGGAGAGCGGGCACGUACGGGAUGAGCGGGAAAUUCACCUGCGUAGAUCCGCCGAUGAUCUCAAUCGAUGAUUUCUAA